UGACAGCUGUGAAACUGGCAUCCGUCCCUGACCUGGAUGUGGUGGUCAUGGAACGACUUCAGGCAGCCCCAACCCAGCAGGAUCGACGUGUGUAAGUGAGGGAACAGGGUUGUCUGUAGGGGUCUUGGACACCUAGCACACUCUAGAACACCCUGGGCUACCUGGGUCACUUGAGACAUUCAGGAGAAAAAGCCUAUGGGCUCAGCCACCAGAACAAGAACAGGGCACGCUGGAGACACUGUAGAAGCAUUCUGGAACACCUGGGACAUGCUGGGAACAUACUGGGACAUUGUGGGACACUUGUGGGACAACCCCAGAACAUGCUCAAAGUAUGCAUGGGACACCUGAAGAAUGCCUCUGGGAAUCCCUAAAAAGACACCAUGCUUUAGUCCACUAAGACAACCCUGGUACCCCACCUCAGAAUGCCCAGGGAUGUCACUGGGUUAAUGCCAUUCACCUUCACAUUCCUAUAGUCUUCCUCUCAUCCAUGUGGUAUUCUGGUUCUCUGUCAGUCCCAGUGUCCCACUCAGGACACCUUAGAACCCAGUCCUAAGUGCAUUUGUUCCCGCCUAAGAUGCUCCCAUAUCUCUCACGGGUGUUGCUGUUCUCCUUCACAGCCCUCUAGGUGUCCUUGUCUUCCCCACAGGGUGUUACAACUGUAUCCUACCUCUUAGAGUGUCCCAAUGUAUCCUUUUUCCUCUCCCUAAAAAUGCCCGCAUUGCACCUCUGAAGGAUGUUCCAGUCCCUUUUGGUUUCCCUGCUGUGUUGUCCCAAGUUGUCCCUUUCAUGUCCAUGUCCCCCCUGGUGUCCCUGUCUGGCCCUCCAGUGGUAUGCCUGUUCUUCCAGUGUACUGGCAGAGGUCCUGCCGGGUCCCCCUGUCCUUCUGGAUGCCUAUGAGGCGGCUGUGGAACUGGGCCAGGAGUUAGAGCUGGCCCCAGGGCCACUCUCAGCCCUGCUGCGCAUUGUGCGUUGUGCCAUCACCAUGUGCACCCAGACACCCCUGCCUGAUGUGGAGGAAUGCUAUGCCUACUUCAGCAAGCUGCUGCUGUGCCAUGCUGUGCAUCAUCCUCCGGUCAGUGUGGCUGUAUUUGGGCUGACCCAGGUUGCCCGCAUCGCAGCCCACCUCUUUGGAACUGUCCUUCGGCACGCCAAGCUUUAUGCCUACGUCCUUACGCCCCAGGCUUGCCUUGACUUGACCCUGGUUUAUGUGGAUAGCCCCGAGCAUGGCCCAGAGGGACAGAUGCCUACCACCCUCCCCGAGGAGCAAGGAGAGACCACUGGGAAUCCCAGCACAGAGCCUCUGUUACAGGAGGCAGCAGUACCUGAGCUAAUGCAGGUUCCUGCAGAGAUGCAUUUGAGUAAAGAGGAUGUCUCUGUGUCUCCCCGGGCCUCUCCUAGGGGCAAGAAACACCUUAGAAGACCUCGGGGAUCCCGCCAAGGAAAUAAAAGGCCUUAGACUGUG